AUGAGUAACAAUACUAGUAAUGGUAGCAGUGGUGGUGGUGAACGAGAUUUAGUCCAUUAUUAUAAAGUUUUAAAACAAUUUCUUGAUAUAUCGGAUGAUCCUACUAAAGCUAAAUCAAAUUCAUCAAGAGCUCAAAGAGCAAGAGAAAAGUUAUUAAAAUUAUCAUUCACACAAUUCAAAGAAUUAAGUACUGAUGUAUAUGAUGAAUUAAGAAGAAGAAUAGACGAAUCAAGAGGUGAACCUGAUUAUUUAUUACCUAAAAAGACCUUUCAUCCAAAAAGGAAUCAAGCAAGACAAAAAUUGGCUUCUUUACCUCAAUCAAGAUUUAAAGAUCUUGUAAGUGAUAUCUCAUUUGAAAUUGAAAGAAGAGAAUUACAUAUUUCAAAAGCAAGGAAAGAUUCAACUAUUUCAAUGUCAACAAAUGCUUCUUCUAUUUUAACUUCUUCAACAAGUGAUAAAUCAAGUAAUAAUGGUGGUGGUGGUGGUUAUCAUAGUCGUCAACCUUCUCGACUUACUCAAGAUUCUCAUCCACAAUAUUUACAAAAUGGGGGUGGGGAUAGUGGUACUACCGCUGGUGAUGACUCAACUAUAUCACAAAUUCCAACAACCAAUAAUAAUAAUACAAUUGAUAGUGAUUCCAUAAAUCAUACUGGCCAUUCAAUUGGCGUUCAACAAGCUACAAUCAUACCUAAAAAGGCUAAUCUCGAUUGGUCAAGUGAUGAAGAUGAGGAAAAGCAACAGCAACAACAGGAAAAGCAAAUUCAAGAACAACACGUGGAAGAUGAUGAACCUAGAAAAGUUAGACUACUGUUCCCUACUUUACAGCCUGAAAACGAAGAAGUAAGUCGAUUAGAAUCUUUGGUUAGUGAACUUCAACAACAAUUAAAAGAAUCUAAAUUUGAAACUACUAAAUUACAAGAAAAAUUUGAAUCUAUUCAAACUGAAUUGCAAUUUUCUGUUAAUCAAAAUAAAUCACUUGCUGAACAACUUGAAAAUUUAUUAGAAGAAAAAGAUUCUUGGAUAAAUAAACAAAAUGAUUCAAUUGAAAGAACUAAUGAAAUUGAAAAUGAAUUACAACAAUUGAAAUCACUUAAUGAAGAAUUGAAAUUAGAGAAUGAAACCUUGAAGAAUGAACCAAAGAUUAAUGUAACUUCCCCUUCAAAACUGUUAACCGGCAAGCCAAAAGCAAUACAAAAAAGUAUUGAAACAUUCUUGGAUAAAUUAGAUCAAUUAGAUAGUACACCUACCAAAUCUAUCCCACCUCCAACAAUUGUUGAAUUAAGAAAUCAAGUUAAAUUAUGGCAAAGAAGAUACGAAGAUUCAAGAUCAAGUGGAAUUGCAAAAUCAAUUAAGAAGGCUUCCUUAUCAACCACAGAUUUAAAUAAAUUUGUUUCUCCACAAGGUUUAAUUUCAAUAAGAUUAGUUAGUGAUGUUCAAGCUUCAUUAGAAUCUUUCUUGGUAUAUCUUUCACAAGAUAAUUUUGAUCCUGAUAUUUUAUUUGAAAAAAUUUCCAAGAUUUCCGUGAUUGUUAAUGAAAUUGCAACCCAAGGUGAUAAUCAUCAAUUUAAUAGUAAUGAAAAUUCAGUUUUAUUAAGAGAAUCAAUUAGUCAUGUCUUAACUGCAACUAGAUAUCAUGCAGUUUAUAAGAAUUUAUUACCUAAAUUUGUUAUUGAAAAGGCUAUUGGAGAAUUAUGUUUUAUUAUGUGUGAUUUAAUAAGUAAUUGUAAAUUAAAUGAAAAUUCAACUAAUCUUAGAAUGAUUGAAUCAUAUAAUACACCAAUUGAAAAUAAAGUACCUAAGAAAUUAGUGAGUGAAGAUUUUGGAGUUAGACCAUUACGAAUGGCAAAUAAAUUGAAAGUUAAUCAACAAAAUCAACAACAGUCAUCAUCACAUCCGUCAUCAUCACCGAAACAAGGGAUUUCUUUUGCGAGAAUCUCACCAAGAUCUACUUUAACCCGACAACCAUCCCAACCAAGACCACAAGAAGAACAACAACCAGAACAAUCACCACAAUCACAAUCACAAUCACAACAACAGCCUCCGUUGACUUCACCAAAAUCUGAAGUUGAAAACUCGCCAUUUAUUGAAACUUCAAAUGAACCAACAAUCCCAACCAGAUUUGGCAGAAAACCUCCAGUGGAAUCAUCACCUGAACAACAGAAAGCAGAGCAUUCUCCAAAAGAUACCAAAGUGAGUCCAACCGUCGGUCGUAAUAUCAAUCAAUUAACUUCAAAAUUCGAAUCACGUCGUUCUACCUCCCCUACAGCACUUAAAUUGAAUGGAAACUCACCAACUAAUAACAGAGGUGUUUUUCAAAUUGCCCAGAAAUAUAAUAUUCCGAAUGGAUCAAAUAAUGACCGGACUCCUAAAACGAGUCCAAUUUCCAAAAAGAGUAAUAUUCUUGAUAAGGUCAGACAGUUUGAGGCCAGUCCUGAUCUGAAAGUCAAAGUAACUUCUCCAAUUACCGGUGGUGGCCAACAGCCACAACAACAACAACAACAUGUUAAGAAUGUUUCUAUUGAUUCUAUUGAGAGUGGCAGCAGUCAAGAAAAACAACAACAAAAUGGAGGAGGAGGAUUAUCUGAACCAUUUAAUGUUAGAGAGAAUGAACCAAAAAAAGUUGUUGGGUUUAAAACUUUAAGGGAAAAACUUGAAGAUUCUAAGAAUUUAGAUAAUAAUUCUACUUCAUUUGAUAGUGCUGAUGAUACUGAAGGACAUGAUGAUAAGAGAUUAAGUAAUUCCACAGCUGAAACUACUCCAUCAAAUGAAGAACCAUCAGCUAUAGGGUCUGAUUUACUUAAGGAUAAAGAAACUACCAUUACUCCAACCUCACCAAUUCCACAACCUACCGUUUCACAAGAAACCAUUCAACUCCAAAAGCCCCGAGUCACAAUCCAAGACCCACCCCAUCAUCAUGAAUCCGAAUCAGAAGAAUAUUCCGAAGAUGAACAAGAACCAGAAGAAAACACCUAUCAAAAACAAGCUAGACAACGUCAAGAAUAUCGAAAAUCAAUGGCAGCAGCCACUUUCAAUGUUGAUUUAUUCGAUAUAGAUGAUCCAGAUAAUACCUUAACCCAAGUUCUCCUCUAUUUGGAACAUCAAACCGUUGAAGUCAUCAACACGAUCCAAUCCCUCCUUUCCGCCAUCAAGAAACCAAAUGCCACCAGGGGGGAAUUAAGGGAAAAAUCGGCCGCGAUUACAAUUGUGAUUUCACAAAUGACUGAAGCUACCAAUACAUCCAUGAAUCAAACCCGGAAUGCCCAGCUUAAAGAACAUGGAUCAUGGGUGGUUCGAUCAUUGGAGGAUUGUUAUCAUAGGAUGGAUAAUUUGUGUAAACCCACUCAAGAGAAAUUGGACCUGGGGUUUGCUGAUAAGAAUUUCAAACAACGAUUAGCGGGGAUUUCGUUUGAUAUUGCGAAAUGUACUAAGGAGUUAGUGAAGACGGUUGAGGAGGCUAGUUUGAAGGAAGAUAUUGAACAUCUUAGUGCUAGGAUUAAUCAUGGUGAGGUUGUUGAUUUGACUUAG